UAUCUCUCUGUCUCUCUAUAUAAAUGGAAAACAGAUUUGGACAUGUGGGACCAAGGCAUGUAAAAGGAGAGUGGAGAACCCGCUGCUUAUGGAUUUAAAUAAACUUUUGCUCCUGAUAGUAUGCCUUGUCCAGACCAGGCUCGCAAAGAUGAUACCGCUACGCCCUCUAUGUGACAGCCGUGUAAUGGACAGAUAUAUCAGAGAAGCGAAGGAUCUCCUGAAAGCACCGUGUAACCGGAUAUUUCAAUUUCCUAAUGCAAUUCCUCUUCCAAAUACUGGUCUUAAUCUACGAACAUGGAGGUCCAAAAGUAAACGUGUGAAAAACGAAGAAAUUAAGGCAGGCCUUAUUAUGCUUUCUAAUGCAACACAGACAGCAAAACAUUUUAUCACUAAUAAUUCCGCAGUGCCUCUCUUAGAUAAGAUUUACAGGAAUACUAGGACCUUUAUUCACCUCCUACAACUGAUGAAUGUGCCGGACACAUCAAACCAGCUGUAUGGACAUACAAAGCCAUUUAUGGGAAGAACUCUCCAAAAUGUAUUAUAUACAUACACUCGCUUGAUGCAUGGGAAAAUCAAUAUCUUUUACCGAGAAAUGGCGGAAGAAUAUUGUAAACAAAGAAAAAGGUGACAAUGACCAGAUUCCUGCAUGUGGGUGCACUUUGUGGAGUUCAGCACUGAAAUUUGGAACUAUCGUGUGCAAUGCAAGAAAAGAAAAAUGCAAGUUCACUGUUUAGAAAACAGUUCCUGUUUAAUACUGUGCCAAGAAAUUCCAAAGUAUCACUUUGAUACAAGAGGAUAUGGCUUCAAGUAACGGAGAAUAUACCAGCCAUGACUGGCUACAAAUCAACUUACCUUGGCAGCUUUCCAUUCAUUUUGACAGUUUUUAGCCCCAGUGAUUUUGCUACAGUUUAAUGCUUUGUAUAAC